AUGCGGAUCUGCCUAAGGACACCAUACGACCCAUUCGUCAACUCCCGCUACGCUUCUACAACCAGACCACAAGCAAAGUCAAAAAUGCAAGCACAAGCCAAGCGCAGACCACCAACACCCGAGCCGAGCGAUGCCGAGGAUCAGGAGAACAUUGGGCCUCGGAUUCGAAAGGCCAUGGAACCUUUCCCAAGCUACGGUGGCGAGAUGCCGCCUCCCGAGGCAGAGUCGACAUGGUCUGACCAGGAACUUUACAACUACUUCUUCUCUAGCGGCUUCAUCAAGCCAAAGAAGAAGGCUAGCAAGCCCAAGCCAACGCCACAGCAGAUGGAGCAGUACUACCGCACACUGAACCUCAGGCCUGGAGCCAAAGCAGCAGCCGUAAAGAAAGCUUAUAGACAGCUUGCAUUGCGCUUUCAUCCAGACAAGAACCACGAUAGCACGGAGGCAAAGUUGAAGUUUCAAGAGAUCACGGAG